UUGGGAUAAGGAUUCCUAGACCACUGGGACACGGACCAAGCAGAUUCAUCCCUGAGAAGGAGACAGUUCAAGUGGGAAACGAAGACGCCAUGAUGCACACGCUGUUUGCAGAUUCUUUUGCUACGCUGGGCCGUUUGGACAAUGUUACCUUGGUGAUGGUUUUCCACCCACAGUACCUUGAAAGCUUUCUAAAAACUCAGCACUAUCUACUGCAAAUGGAUGGUCCACUCCCACUUCAUUACCGACACUACAUCGGGAUAAUGGCUGCAGCACGACACCAGUGCUCUUACCUUGUUAACCUCCAUGUGAAUGACUUCCUGCAUGUUGGUGGAGAUCCUAAGUGGUUGAAUGGUCUCGAAAAUGCACCUCAAAAACUGCAAAAUUUGGGGGAACUGAACAAAAUGUUGGCUCACCGACCAUGGCUUAUCACCAAGGAACAUAUUGAGCAACUUUUGAAGACUGAAGAGAACAGCUGGUCCCUGGCAGAGCUGAUCCACGCAGUCGUUCUCCUUACACACUACCACUCCCUUGCUUCCUUCACCUUUGGUUGUGGGAUCAGCCCGGAGAUUGACUGUGAAGGGGGUCACACCUUCAGGCCCCCUUCCGUCAGUAACUAUUGCAUAUGUGAUAUUACAAAUGGCUACCAUGGGGUGGAUGAAAUUCAUGCCAGCCCAACUGGAAGUAUUCCAUCUACAGAGUCUGUCUGUGAAGUUGAAGCUCUUAUGGAGAAAAUGAAGCAACUACAGGAGUGCAGAGAUGAAGAGGAAGCCAGCCAAGAAGAGAUGGCUACACGUUUUGAAAGAGAGAAGAGAGAAAGCAUGUUCGUGUGUUCUUCAGAAGAUGAAGAAUCAGCACCAACAAGAGAUGUGUCUCGUCACUUUGAGGAUACCAGCUAUGGUUACAAAGACUUCUCCAGACAUGGAAUGCAUGUGCCCACCUUUCGUGUUCAGGAUUAUUCCUGGGAAGACCAUGGCUAUUCCUUGGUUAAUCGGCUUUACCCUGAUGUGGGACAACUACUUGAUGAGAAGUUUCAUAUUGCUUAUAAUCUGACUUACAACACAAUGGCCAUGCACAAAGAUGUGGAUACCUCAAUGCUAAGACGAGCUAUUUGGAACUAUAUUCAUUGUAUGUUUGGAAUAAGAUAUGAUGAUUACGACUAUGGUGAAAUUAAUCAGUUGUUGGACCGCAGCUUUAAAGUUUAUAUCAAGACUGUGGUUUGCACUCCUGAAAAGACCACAAAAAGAAUGUAUGAUAGCUUCUGGAGGCAGUUUGAACACUCUGAGAAGGUCCAUGUAAAUUUGCUUCUGGUAGAAGCUCGGAUGCAAGCCGAACUACUUUAUGCUCUGAGAGCUAUUACUCGCUAUAUGACCUGAUGUCUCCAGCUGCCUGUCGACGUUGGAAUGUUCUGCAGCUGCAGUAUGGCAGAGGAAGAUACGAAGCCUCAGGACCAACGGUAGCUAUAAGUUAAGAUGCCCAUUGUGCCAUAACUCCUUUAGUUUCAGCUAUUUCCGUGUUUGGAAUAUCACUGCUGCCACUUGGCAGUGAACGCUUGGCAGUUGACAGGGUUGUGCAGAAGUGCUGCCUGCUCAUGGUAUUUUGGUUUUAGACAGCACGGGACACUCUAUGAACUUGUGGCAAUAUAGCAAAUGAUAGAUAUCUAGAUCUUGUGUUAAGGCAAAUACUAUGGGAGUUGGAGCGUGAAAAGAAGUGGGACUUGAUGACAUUUGCUUUCCCUACGAGAAUAAUUUUAGAAAAUCUUGAUGCUGCUAUUUGUGCUGGUGGAGUGAACAGACCCAGGCUGUUCCAGUUAAGCUAAAAGUGAAAGUGAGCACUGCUAUUGUCUGAGCCUUUAUUGUGUGUGGUUUCAAAAAAGCCUUGUUAUUUAGAUUUCUUUUCUAAUCAGACCUAAACCUCUUCUGUCCACACUGAUAAUAAUUUGAAAGAUAGCAGUCAAUCUUUUCAAAUAGUUUAGCCUUAAAAUGCUACAGGACAUUUGUUCAGCAUUAUUUGGUGAGCUCCAAAGUGCAAUGGUCUUCCUAUGGAAAGAAGAGGACUUGAGUCCUCAGGGCUUUUUAGAGAUCUAACUACGUGAAGUGUCGAGUAGCUUCUUGUCCUGUUUUUCAAGGAUGAACCGAUACCUGUUCAGGAGCGAGGACAAGGUGUGGGAAUGUUGUUCCAGACUGCCAAACAGUUCUACUGUAUUACAUGCCCAAUGCUGGUCUUACUGAUUUUUGCAGUUGCUUAAAUAACUAGGCAAAAAACCAUCUAUUUUUAGUAAAUCAAAACAUGAUUAAAAUGCUGACAUUUAAUAUACAGUGGUUUUGGAGAACACAUGAAUACUUUUGUAUGAGUGUGAAUCGCUUUUUAAAUUUGUCAGUAUUAUUGGUAUUUUUUAAAUAAAGGUAACAACUUU